GUUAGCUGAGCGGAACAGUAGACAGGAAGCUGUUUUGCCCUUUUUUGUACAGUAUAAGUUCUGCGUAGUCGCUCAGACUGAAUUGGAACCGGCUACUGAAGGACAAAACGAGAGUUAAAGAAGUCAGUGGUGCUUUAAGAGGGCCAUUAAGGUAAAGCCAGAGGCUCUAGAGACAACUAGCCCAAGUCUGUCAGAAGAGAGGUGGUGUAGUUCCGGCCUCAGACUGGUCAUGCUGCCAGUGUGAGAUCUCUGGAGAUUAUAUGAGCCCCGCGAUGGCAGCUUUGGCAGGUUUUGAGUCUGGGACUGGACCAAGGACAGGUGAGAGGAGGCUAUCCUGGCCAGUUUUCCUGCUGACACUGGUUGCUGUCACCUCCUCCUCUCUUUCAGCUUUGUCCCUGUACCAACUGGUGGCUCUCAGAGCUGAGGUAGAGGGACUCAAAUCAGAGGUGUAUCGCAGGAGAGAAGAGGGACAAGAGGCUAAACAUGCAGGACAGACCGAGAACAUGAGUAGGAGAAGCAGCCAAGAGCCUCUGCACCAACCUGGGACUCAAGAUGCGUUCACCCUGACAAGGAAUAGAAGGUUGGUCUCUGGAUCAGAGACAUUAGUUUCUCAGCCUUGCCUGCAGUUGUUGGCAAACAGUAGCAGGAAAACCUUCAGGAAAGAAUAUAAGUCGGAGCCACACACAGGUAUACCCUGGCAGGCUGGGCUGAGGAGAGGCUCUGCCCUGGAGGCAGACAGAGACUGCAUGUUGGUCAGAGAGGAGGGCUUCUACUUUGUGUACGGCCAGGUCUACUACAUAGACAGCACCUUUGCAAUGGGUCACGUGGUGAUUCGGAGGAAGAGGAAUGUGGUGGGAGACGAGCCUCAGUCUGUGAUCUUGUUCCGCUGCAUCCAGAAUAUGAACCCUGUUCACCCGUACAACACCUGCUUCACAGGAGGUAUCGUGAAGCUGGAGGCCGGCGACCACUUGGAGCUGCUGAUCCCCCGUUCCACAGCCAACGUGUCCCUGUAUGGAGACGCCACCUUCCUGGGUGCUGUCAAACUGGCUUAAAGUAUGUCGCCUCACUUUGGACCCUGCGGGAUUCUGUUGUGUUGGGGAAGAGGUGCCAUAAUGGGAGGGGAGUGAGCAACAAGGCACAGUUCUGAUGACCUCGCGUGACUUUGGGUGAUGUGAAUUAUGUGAUGUGAGGUGAGAAGAAUACAGAAAGCAAUGAAUUCUGUGCUGGCUGAGAGACAGACUGUGUGACUCCUAGCAUGUUGAGCCUGAGGGAACAUGAAGGGGACUGUGAGCUGUAGCGCAAGCUUUACUCUUAAAGGGACAGUUCACCCCAAAAUAAAAAAUAUGUAUUUUUCCUCUUACUUUUAGAGCUGUUCAUCAAUCAAGAUUGUUUUGAUGUGAGUUGCUGAGUGUUGUAGAGAUGUCCACCUUCUUUCAAAUAUAAUGGAACUAGAUGGCACUCGGCUUGUGGUGCUCAAAGCACCAAAAAUACAUUUGAAAAGCUCAACAGCAAUGUCUCUUUCCAGAAAUCAUGACCCAGUCACUCAAGAGGAUCCACAGACCUUGUUGUGAGCACUUUAAUGUAGGAACUAUUUUCAUUCCACCAAACCACACCCACUAACUGCCUCACCACGCAGAAGGAAUUGUGCAUCAACUGCUAGCUCACCUAGCGCUGCUGAGCUAGCUAACGUUACAGCUCAGCUGAAGAGGACACCAUUAGCCUCUAGAUGCACGCUUCCUAUGUCCAACGAAUGUCCAACACUUCAUAUGUCCAAUGAAUAGCACUGCAGUUAAGAGGAAAAACAUGUAUUUUUUUUUAAUUUUGUGAUGAAAUGUUCAUUUAAAAAUGUAUUCAACUUAUAGCUACAGCUGUAUUAUAUUAAUUUCUACCACACAUCAAGACAAGCUAUAAAACCGCCAAGUAUAUUUUCUUUAAAUCAUCACAAACAUUUGUUAAGAUCUGACUUAUUAGACAUGACUUUGUCUGACUUGUAAGAGAUGUUUUACUUACACUGUAAUGAUCAAUAAGUCUUUCAUCCUGUAGCAGCAGCAUCACUGAAAUACUCCUUCUCACCUGCUUUAUUAUUUUAGAUAUUUUCACAUAAGCAAGAGUGGUUUGAUUUAUCACCUGAGUUCCAUGAUUUUAUAUAAGCUUACCUGUACCGUAUAUGUCUAACUGAUUGAAAAUGUAGAUGCAAUAAAGUGACAGUACAAGCUAUGACAUCAUCUGGAAUCUGGGUGGAGGUUGUUGUUCCUCUGUCGGCCACAAGAAGGAGAGACUUCAGUGUGGCAGAUCAUCCUGCCAGGCAGCAGAGACACACAUGGAGCUGAGGUUGAGUGAGAACAGUGGAACUUAGGUAAAAGUGCCUAUUUUUAGACUGAGGCAAAAACAGUGCAGGCAGAAAAUGACUGCGCGUUAAAAGGAACUGCUGCUCAAUGAAAUUGAGGAGCCUGUGGUUAGUAAACAGAGAAAUGUCUUCAAUGGAUGAUUCUUCAUGUUAAGCCAGAGGGAGAGGGAGAGGGAGAGGGAGAGGUACACCUGGGGCACCAUUACAUGACUUUGCAUAAAUUUGGUGACAUGGAAAAUUAUAAAUACCAAGAUAUUCAUUUCAAACUCCCUUCCCUAGUAUACAAUACAUUCUACAGAAAUACAAAUUAAUGACAGGCAAAAUAGUUUGAUUAAACAGUAUCUCUGGCUGUUACCUGCUGUCACGGAACAACUAAAACUCUGCUGAAAAAUCUAAGUGCCUUAAUUUUGCAGAGGUGUGUUGGAUGGUAGAUGUCCCCCCAAGGCAAGAAGCCCACCCACAUGUAAUUCAGCUUAUGCAGUGUCAGUGAAGCUGAUUUCUAUGUGUUGCCUACACACACUUGUACUGUACAUCUUACUUCUUCUCUGCUCCUAGCUUUUUAUGCUCAUAGCAAAACAAAACUGCCAACUAAUAACCAACUAAUAUUCAGAUAAAAAAAAGAUAAAUGAAGAAUAAAUCAUAUCUAAAGGAUAACAUUUGUCAACCUGGGCCCUAUUUUCCCAUGUAUUGUCAUUUAACAGACUGAUGUGAACAACAGUUUUUGAAAUUGCUCCAGUACUGAGCAAGAGGGCAGCAACCGGCAGCUGAGCAAGGGGCUGCAGUGAGAGCAUAUGGGGCAACUGAACUGUAUCACACUGUAUCUCCAUUAAAAGUGGUUAUUUUCGCCACAGACAGGCUCAGAUUGUUACUAUAAGUGGCUGGAGUGUCUCUUUACCUUUCACUUGAUCCAGUCUGUUAUUGUCCCAUCAGGCGGAAUUCUCGUUCUGAAAUCUCACCAUGUGUGACCUGUUGCAGGGAAACAACAAUGGAAAUGUGAGUGAGAUUUGGAGAGAGUAGUAAGGGGAAUAGUCUGUUGUGGAGUACAGAAAACAGAAAUGUAGUAUGUAAAAGAUUUUCCAUGCACAGCCUGGUAUCAUUCUGAAGCCGCAACAGACACUGACAAAAAAAGACAUCCUUUUACAUUGGCAUAAUAUGCAGCCAGGCGCCAUCAUUGUGUAACAUUGUCUGACGGCGUCAAAGAAAUUGCAGCUGGACAACAACAUCAGUUAGCGGGGCUGGAAAUGUCAAGUAGGCUGGUUGGGAGGGUUGGUGGAUGGGUCCAACAAUCACUGACUUUCACCCAGGAGGCCAGUGUUAGCCUCACGUAUGAAUGUAAAACGUAAAUUUGUGGUGUUGUACCGACGUAGUGUGUUUAUUUUGAAGGGGCUGUGCGCAAUCUGUACAUUUCCUGUGAAAAUGGAAGUGUAUUUUGAAAAGACACAAUGCAUUUAACAGGCUGAAGUUGACAUGGCCUCCCAGAACAUCAACAACAGAUACACCCAGGCUGUGUGGCAUGUCAUGUAGAUGUGGAAAGUCCACAACCAAGUGGCGAUAUGUGACGAGGUCAGAGUGAGAAUGUGUUGCAGUGUAUGGAUGAUAAUUUAAAUGAUUUCGACAAUAAAAACGAGGCCUUGAAUUUGAUGGGCGUCUGCAUUUAUUUGAGCCGGAGUAUAUGGAUAAAGAGCACCUAAUAAUUUAAGAGCAGAAGAGAAGAGGGGGGGACAACAGGUAGCCACUUAUAAUAACAAUCUGAGCCUGUCUGCAACAAUAAUAACCACCUUUGAUGUAGGUACAGUGACGGUGUUCAGUUGCCCCAUAUACUUACAUUGUGGCCUGUUGUGCGGCUGUCAGCUGCUGCCUUUCGCUCAAUACUGGACCGAUUUCAAAAACUGUUGCUUACAGCAGUCUCUUAAAGACACACACGGGAAAAUAGGAAGUUGAAAAAUGCCCAAGUUAUCCUUUAAGUAUGGUUUAGUCUUAACUAAUCUUUUUUUAUCUGAAUAUUUGUUAGUCAUUAGAUAGCAGUUUCAUUCUGCUAAGUUAUCUUUUAAGUGUUAGACCUGUCUUUAAAUGGAAAAAAGGUGGCGUAAACGAAAAUAUGUUUAAUUUUGUUUUGUUUCUAGCCUAAACCCGAAACUGCAUUAAAGUAAUAAGUGAUAUUUUUCAGCCAAA